AUGGUAAAAGCCCAAAAAUAUUUAGACGAAAAAUAUCCCAAGGAGGAAAGAGAAAACAUUACGGAAUUAGACAUUAGUAAUAAACAUUUAGAAGAACUCAAUCUCAAAAAUAAUUCGAAAUUAACCCAAUUGGAUAUUGCGAAUAAUAAUUUUUCUAGACAAGAUUUAAGUUUCCUUGGACAUUUGACCAAUCUCGAGUUACUUUUGAUAGGUAAUGAUAAUAAUAAAACCGGCGGAGUUCGUAAUCGUUUCUACGGCUCUUUAAAGCCUUUGCAGAGCAUGGAAAAUUUGAAAUUUUAUAAUUAUGAUAAUACUGAUGUGGAAAGAGAUAUUGAUGAUGAGGAUAUUCCGCCAGCAGAACUAGGAAAAUUACCAGAAAAUUCUAAAAAACUUGCUUUCUCUGGUAGUAUGAGACUUGACCCGCAAUUAGGAAAUUGGGUUAGUUCGGUAAUUCAUGCCAAAGGUUCUUUGAGCUUUGGUGAACUCCCUGAUUUAUUAAAAAAUUCCCCACAAACAGCAUUUUUUUCUAAGAACGAAAAAAAAAUAUACGAUUCAAUUAAAAAGGAGAUUAGAAAAAAAAUUAAAGCUCGGGAGUUAUUGAAAGAAGAAUUAGAAAAGAAGGAUGAUAAAAUUAAUUUAAUAAAUGCUCAAAGGGAUAUUAAUUAUCAUUAUCCUACUAAAGAAGAAAGAGAAAAAGAAACUAAAUUAGAUAUUAGUGAUAAAAAUCUCGAAGUUAAUUUAGAAGAACUUAAUUUAAGUAAUAACAAAUUCACUGGCUCUCUAGAACCUUUAAAGGAUUUGAAAAACUUUGAUUAUAAAACAGAACUAAGACCUAACUGUAAAUUAGCCUCAGUAAAAGCAGAGUUAGAAAAUUUCCUUACUUCUAAGCAAAAUAAAAAUAUUAUUCUUAAAAGCUUAAAUAACUCUCGAAAAAUAACUCCUGAAUUCUUGCGAGAAAUUGCCAGUCAUAAACUAUUUGGUAACCAAACUAAAAUUGUUAAAUGUCAUGGCAUUUCCCAAGACCCACAGGGAAAUUAUAUUAUGGUCAUGGAUUAUGUUAGAGGGGAGGGACUAAAAAAUAUUCACGAAAAAGGAUUAGUUCACAAAGACUUCCAUUCGGGGAAUAUUUUAAGUGGUGGUUCAGAAACUUUUUUUACUGAUUUACCAUGUCAUAUCACUGAUUUAGGGUUAUGUCGCCCUGCUAGUGAAAAAGAACAAGAAUACAACCAAUUCUCCCAAAACACCCCUUAUCAAACCCAUCCUACUGCUAUUACCCAUAGUAAAUCCAUUAAUACUCAACAAAUCACCCAAUUAUUACAAAAAAUUAAACCAACUUCCAAUUUAGAAGCAAUCCUAGAAUUUGAAUUACCAGAAACUAGUUAUUCUUUGGAAGAUGAUUUUGGACUUGCUGAACUAAAUCUUGCCGAAGAAACUGAAGAAACAACUUCUCAAAUCGAAAUUCCUCCCAAAAAUAAUUAA